CCCCCCUACGCUACGGUACUUGACCUUAACUUAAGUAACUCUUACACUUUCUUCUUCUUCUUCUUCUUCUUCGCUCUGAUACUUCUUGUAUUUGUCACGUUUUUGUAAACUCCAUCCACCACUGCUGCCUACCAUUCAUCACGGUAACUAGCUCAACUUGUUUUCGUUUGUUUUCUACCCGGCCGAAAGUACCUUAUACCGUUGCUGUUGCUGUUGUGUUGAUGUCGCUGCCUGUAGGUGAGUGUGUGUGUAUGUCUGAGAAAGAGGAUUGGAGUGGAUUGGAUUGAAGUGGAGUGGAUUGGAGUGGACCGGAAUUGGACUCGGAAUUGGAUUGGAUAGGAUUGAAUUGGAAUUGGACGGGAAUUGGACCGGCUAUUUAAGUUGUCCUGGUGGCGGGGGGGGGCGGCGUUUUUUUGAUUUGAUGUUAGAGACCGUAUCGUAUCGCCGAAGGAGAUAUUGGAGGGGAGGAGCGAAUUCUGGUUAUUGUUUACUUCUUCUUCUUGCCCGCCCACUUACCUUGCCUUACUUACACACGUGCAAACUAUUUGCUUUGCUUUGCUUGAUGGCACUAUUAGCGUUUUUUAACUUCUACUUCUACUUACUUCUUCUACUUACUUACUUCUGCUUACUUCUGCUACUUACUUCUGAGUAUCUACUACACUACUACACUACCUAUACUACACUUUUGACUUGGACAUUUGGGGGGACAUUUGGGGGGAUCUUUUGGGAAUGAAUUUGCUGGUGGAUUUGCUGGUGGAUUUGCUGGUGGAUU